AAAGAUUUUCGUUUUAAUCGAGAAUCCUGUUUAUCUUUGGCAGCGCGCGCCGGCUGCGCGCGCAGGGAAUACUCGGGAUUCUUCGGGACGAGGAAAAAAGGGAUAAUAGGAGGAAAUAUCGACUUGUUAUCCGUAACUCGGCAAUGAGGAUUCCGCGUUCUCCCGGCGACGAGUUCUCGUCUUAAUUAAGGCAGCGGCGAUUUUUAUACCGUCCUGCCGCGGGCAUAAUAGCGAGGACGAUUAACAAGGAUACGUUAAAAACGAAUCAACCGGCCGAAUAAUAACUUUGGUUCGAACGAGCGCGAGAACGGGAUAAGUGCGACGCAAGUGCGCUCUUUGAGGGAGGAUCGCCUCGGACCCGUCAAUUACGUAUAUUAUGUAUCGAUUUUUCGUACAUCCUCUCCGGAGCACGUGAAUGCGUUCUCUUCUCGGUGAACUCGAUGCGGCGAUUAUUGCCAGGGCGGCUACGUGGAAGCGAUGCUAUUUCAGAAUGCAUUAAACUGUGGAUUACUUUCAGAUUUGUGAGAGAGGACGAGUAUCUUUCCCUCUGCCACGCAUGCGUCGACACACGCCUGUCACGAUAACCGAAUUGAUCGAUCUGAUGACUCUUUCAACAUUUUCGAAAAUAUCUCCAGUCAAUCCAUCGGGCACCAUUCGUUCUUGACGUCGCUCUAACAAUUAUUCCGAGCCACUUGUGACACCGUCAGCGGCCGUGUAUUACGGUUCUUACGCGUUUGAGAAACAAGAACAGCUUGCGAGCUACGUAACCGCUGGUCUAGGAUGCACAAUAUAUUCGCGAUGCGAUCUUAUCUCGCGAAAAUGGCCGAGCGAUUUCAAAGUAUCGCCGCAUCUCGCCGUCAGAUCGAGCGGAGCGGCCGGAUUAUCGCUUGCGUAAUUUUCUGCCGUAUUUCUCGCGUUUGUCGCGUCGCCGGAUCUGAUGUCAAGAUUAUUACACGGCGAAUGCGCGCGCGUUGUAGCCGAUAUCUCGUUAUCGCCCUUCGCGAGCAUAAUGUCACCCCGGAGGAACAAUUUGGAACACUUUACUCGCGACACACGUUCGCCGCCUCUGGGUCCCAGCCGUAUACCGCGUGUACCUCGUGCGUGGCAGGGAUGCAAUUUAUUCUCAGGGUUGGUGCGAGAGCCCACUGGACCGGGGACACGUCCGAGUUACGUGAUCGGCGCUCGACCGGUGAUUGACUGUGCUACACGCAGCAAUAGACAGAUGGAUAACGGCCGACCGACAAUCGCGACCACUUUAACGCCGGACAUGCGACAUGCACGGUGAAGAAGGGAGAGCUAUGGCAGCGGCGGAAACAGCCUUACGAAGCUCCUCCGGUCCUCUCCUCGUUCGUGACAGUCGACGGGUCCACGAAGCAGAAGAGGGAAUCCUCGCUCAGGUCACCUUGGCAAGGCCUACGGGUUCGUAAAGGGCAUGAAAGCUCAUCAUGUUCAACUACCGACACGGGCUGCAAGCGCUGUCGACCUGCAACCUCCUCGGCGUGACAUUCCUCCUACUGAUCGUCGCCGGUAGCUACGAUGUGUCAGCGGAUCUCAAUUCGGAAUUCGUCAAAGGGAAAAUCUGCAUCGGUACCAAUGGCCGCCUCUCCGUGCCCUCCAACAAGCAGCAUCACUACCGGAAUCUUCGAGACCGGUACACCAACUGUACUUACGUCGAUGGUAACCUGGAGAUCACAUGGCUCCAGAACAAAACCUUCGACCUCAGUUUCCUUCAGUACAUACGGGAGGUCACCGGUUACGUCCUCAUCAGUCACGUGGACGUGCACAGGAUCGUCCUGCCGAGGCUACAGAUCAUCCGUGGCAGGACCCUCUUCAAGCUCAAUAUUCACGACCACGAAUUCGCCCUCUUCGUUACAAUGUGUCAGAUGCACAACCUGGAGAUGCCGGCCCUCAGAGACAUACUCAACGGGAGCGUGGGCAUGUACAACAACUACAACCUCUGCCACAUCAAGACUAUUAAUUGGGAGGAAAUAAUUACCGGCCAAGGCGGCAAGUACUUCUACGUGUACAAUUUCACGUCGCCGGAGCGCGCCUGUCCGGAGUGCGACUCAAGCUGCGAGCAGGGGUGCUGGGGCGAAGGUCCGGACAACUGUCAGAGAUAUUCCAAGACGAAUUGCUCACCCCAGUGCUGGCAAGGCAGGUGCUUCGGUCCUAAUCCGCGCGAGUGUUGCCAUCUUUUUUGCGCCGGUGGGUGUACCGGUCCCAAGCAGAGCGACUGCCUCGCCUGCAAGAACUUCUUCGACGACGGCGUCUGUACGCAGGAAUGUCCACCUAUGCAAAAGUACAAUCCAACCACGUAUUCCUGGGAAGCAAAUCCCGAGGGCAAAUACGCCUACGGGGCGACUUGCGUGAGACGAUGUCCGGAACAUCUUCUGAAGGACAACGGGGCAUGCGUGAGGUCCUGCCCGCCGAAGAAGAAGGCGGUGAACGGCGAGUGCGUUCCCUGCAACGGCCCUUGCCCGAAAACCUGCAAGGGCGUCGAGAAAGUGCAUUCCGGUAACAUCGACUCCUUCAAGGACUGCACCAUCAUCGAAGGGUCCAUCACAAUCCUGGACCAGAGCUUCCAAGGUUUCCAGCACGUUUUUUCGAAUUACACAUUCGGCAAGCGAUACGAGAAGAUGCACCCGGAUAAGCUCGAAGUCUUCAAGACUCUCCGGGAGAUCACGGGUUACUUGAACAUCCAAGGCGAUCACGUGGACUUCAAGAAUCUCUCGUACUUUCGGAAUCUCGAGGUGAUCGGUGGCAGGGCGCUCACGGAAUACUUUGCGUCAUUGUACAUUGUCAAGACUUCCCUGGUGUCCUUCGGACUGAAUUCCUUGAAGAAGAUCCUCUCUGGUUCGAUCGCCAUUCUCGAGAAUAAGAAUCUGUGUUACGCGCAGAGUAUCAACUGGACCAGGAUCAAGAAAUCGACCGAGCAUGAGUGUCUUUUGCAGAACAAUCGAAACGAGAGCGAAUGCAUCGAGGACGGUUUCGCGUGCGACGAGCAAUGCUCGGACGAAGGAUGCUGGGGGCCAGGGCCGGCGCAAUGUUUGUCCUGCAAGAAUGUCAAGCUGGGGAACGAUUGUCUUCAAGAUUGCACCGCGCCGGGUAUUUAUCAAGCGGACGAGAAAACCUGUAAGACGUGUCACGUGGAGUGCGACGGUUCCUGCACGGGUCCUAAGUCUGAGCAGUGCACCAAGUGCAAACACGUGCGCGACGGACCGUUCUGCGUGCCUGAGUGCCCGUCCUCCAAGUACAACGACAACGGCGAAUGCAAACACUGUCACGAGAAUUGCGUGGGCGGCUGCGAGGGACCGGAGAACAACAUAGGCGCCAACGGAUGUCAUAGUUGCGAAAAGGCAAUUAUGAACGGACACGUACCGGAGGGAUGUUUGCAGAAGAAAGAACCGUGUCCCGAUGGACAUUAUUACGAGUGGGUGAGUCCGCUGGAGCAAGGUGCUUUAAAACCUCUCGCCGGGAAGGCGGUCUGUCGCAAGUGCCACCCACGAUGCAAGAAGUGCACAGGAUACGGCUUCCACGAGCAGGUGUGUCAGACGUGUACCAAAUACAAGAGGGGAGAGCAAUGCGAAGACGAGUGUCCCGCCGAUCAUUUCGCGGAUGCUCACACGCAGUUAUGCAUACCGUGCUUCAAAGAGUGCCGAGGGUGCUUCGGGCCGGGCCCGCUACAGUGCCACAAGUGCCGGAACUACAGAAUUUACAUCGAUGGCGAUCCUGGCGACAAUUCGACGUCCUUCAACUGCACGGACAUCUGCCCGCCUGAGUUUCCUCACAAGAUCUUCCCGCCGGACAACGAGCCGUACUGUUCGGUAGAGAUGAUAGGUCUCGGCUUCCAAAUGGAUAACGAGCUUCAACCCGCCAUCUUAGCCGGAGCGGUGCUCUUCAUGUUGAUAUUCAUCGUCAUCGCCAUUGUGACAAUAUACUUCUGGCGGAUGAGAACGAAGGCCAAGGAGAAUACAGUGAAGAUGACGAUGGCAUUGACUGGUCUGGACGACAACGAGCCGCUCCGGCCGACGGGCGUGAAGCCGAAUUUGGCGAAGCUGCGUAUCAUCAAGGAGGAAGAGAUGAGGAAGGGCGGCAUACUGGGCUUCGGUGCUUUCGGCAACGUGUACAAAGGCGUGUGGGUGCCAGAGGGGGAGAACGUGAAGAUCCCGGUGGCCAUAAAGGUCCUGCACGAUGGCACAGGUGCGAAUACGUCCAAGGAGUUCCUCGACGAGGCUUACAUCAUGGCCAGCGUGGAACAUCCGAAUCUGCUACAGCUGCUUGCGGUGUGCAUGACGUCGCAGAUGAUGCUGGUGACUCAGCUGAUGCCUCUGGGCUGCCUGCUGGACUUCGUGCGCAGGUUCAAGGACAAAAUCGGCUCGAAAGCGCUGCUGAACUGGUGCACGCAGAUCGCGAAGGGUAUGGCAUAUCUGGAGGAGAGGAGAUUGGUUCACCGUGACUUGGCGGCGCGGAAUGUCCUCGUACAGACGCCGAAUUGCGUGAAGAUCACUGACUUCGGUUUGGCUAAGCUGCUGGACAUCAACGAGGAGCAAUACAAGGCCGCCGGCGGCAAAAUGCCGAUCAAGUGGUUGGCGUUGGAGUGCAUUCAGCACCGGGUCUUCACUCACAAGUCGGACGUGUGGGCCUUUGGCGUGACCAUCUGGGAAGUCCUCACCUACGGCGGUAGACCCUACGAGAACGUGCCGGCCAGGAACGUGCCGGAACUGCUGGAGAAGGGCGAGAGGCUGCCGCAACCUAAGAUCUGCACGAUCGAUGUGUACAUGAUCAUGAUUAAGUGCUGGAUGCUCGACGCUGAGUCCAGACCAAGCUUCAAGGAGCUCGCGGAAGACUUUGCGAAGAUGUCCAGGGACCCCGGACGAUAUCUCGCCAUUAUAGGGGAUAAGUACAUGAGACUGCCUUCGUAUACACCGCAGGACGAGAAAGAGAUGAUACGAAAUCUCGCAUCAGCGAUGGACGGUCCGGAAGCUCUGGUGGACGCCGACGAGUAUCUGCAGCCUAAAUCGCGAGCUCCGAUUCCGCCUACGAUCUCCGCGUCGAGCACUUCCGGCUCGCCACCGAACACGCCGGUGAAGUCGUGUUGGCCGAACGGUAAGCCGCUCGCAGCUGAUUCGCCGACGCCGCAGAAUCAGCAGAACUGGGACCGGGAGCUGCUGAGAUACGGCGGGACUCACGGGAACGGCAACGCGUCGCACGAGGCAGGGAAUUCAGGCCAACACGCGCAUUACGCGCAUCCCAAGGCCCAUUGCACCCAUGUCGGAGGGUCCGACAGCUCGAGUUCGAGGUACUGCUCGGACCCGUUGAAGAUGGUCGGCGUUCGAGACUGCGAUGUGACGGACGAUUGUUUCGAUACCGAAGUGAACUCCGUGCAUCAGCAGGCUCAGGUGGGGAACCUGAAACUGGACUUGCCGCUGGAUGAGGACGAUUACCUCAUGCCGUCGCCGCAACUGCCAGCCAACACGACACAAUACAUGGAUCUCAUCGGGGAAUCUAAACCAACGGAACCCGAACCGAAACGGCUGAACAACGGCUUCAGGAAAUACCCGGAUUUCCUCACGAUCCAGGGUAAGACGUCGCUGGACAAUCCGGAGUACAUAAUGUCUCAGGACGAGGGCCCGCUCACGCCGCAGACCCUGGGCAUCCCUACGCCAGACUUGGAGAAGGUGCUGACGAACGGCGCGUUCGGAUCUCAAGUUAGGCAGCGAAGCUCCGAGGAGGAGUCGGACCACGAGUAUUACAACGACUUCGAUCGGCUGGAACGGGAACUGCAGCCGUUGAAACCUCUCAGGAAGAACGAGACGACGGUGUGAUUCCGGAGGUUGGGGAUUACGUUUUCGCGGUACGCGAAACGAACUGACGAUUCUUCCAUGGGGAUUCCGCUGUGGGCCCGCUUCGCCGAGGACGGCGCGAUCGAACGCGUCCUGGGAAGGAGUGGCAGAGCGGAGGCGAGCGUUGGAGAACUCGCGGAUUGAGUUGCUCGGUCUCCGAAGAGGGGAAAGGAGGAGAACCCAUUGUACUUAGAAAAGACGCUUCGCUCAAGUGCCGCGCUUAAUUGUGAUUAGAUUAUGUAAGUUAGAGGGACUCGUGCGUAUUACGUAAUAUAUAAAUAAGACGAGACAAGAGACUACGUGGACGCGCGACAGGAAUUCGCGGGGAUCGCGCGACAAGCGACGCCCCGUGAGCAAAAGUAGUGCAAAGAUAUUCUUAAUGUGCCAUUCGCCGUGGCUUGUAAAUAUAAAUCACUCUUUUCGUAUUAACUUUCUCGAGGGGCGUGAGGAACAUCCUAGGACUUAAUU